ACACCCUGCAACAAAACCCUCCACGAUCGGGCCCUCGCCGGACGCCGCCGACGGCCAGCCCAGAGCUGCGCAGCAUCGUCGCCUCGCCGCCGGAAGCCGACCGUCUCCGCCUCUCCCAUCAGCUUACUUUUCAGUGGAGAUGGCGGCGGCGGCGGCGCCGGAGUGGGCCACCAAUGAGCCCUGCCUCAUGGGAAUCGACGAGGCUGGCCGCGGCCCUGUCCUUGGUCCAAUGGUGUAUGGCUGCAUGUACUGCGCGCGUUCCUACCAUGACACUCUUGCCACCCUCAAAUUCGCAGAUUCUAAGACAUUGAAGGAGGAAGAAAGGGAAGAGCUGUUUGAAAGUCUGAAGGCCAAUAGCUCUAUUGGGUGGGAAGUGGAUGUCAUAUGCCCAAAGGAACUAUCUGCUAAAAUGUUAAAAAGGUCGAAAGUUAAUCUGAAUGAAAUAUCUCAUAACUCUGCAAUGGGUCUUGUCAGAAAGGUUCUUGACAUGGGGGUCCUACUGGCAGAGGUCUAUAUAGAUACGGUGGGCGAUCCUGAAAAGUAUAGGAUCAAACUGACAGAAAAGUUUCCUGGCAUCAAAUUUGUGGUUGCCAAGAAAGCUGACAGCCUUUACCCAGUUGUUAGUGGAGCAAGUAUAGUCGCAAAGGUCACGAGGGAUAGAGCCUUGCGGAACUGGGUGUUUGAUGAAACUGCUCUGAAUAUGCACAUGAACACCGGAUCAGGUUAUCCAGGAGAUCCUGGCACUAAACAAUGGUUAGAAGAUCACAAACAUCCAGUAUUUGGUUUCCCAACUUUGGUUCGUUUUAGCUGGGGAACUUGCACACCCUUCUUCAAGGAUGCAGUUGAAGUUACUUGGGAGUCCGAUGAACUUGAUGAAGAUGCAACUGGCAAUGGAAGUGCCAAGCGACAAGUGAAGCUUUCAAGCCUAGGCUUUACAGGUUUUAAAAGGAAGACUGAGGAGAUCGAAUCAAGUGGAAAAGGCCGUUGCAAGUUCUUCCAGGCUCGCAAGCUUGAGCUGGUCAGAAGGUUUCAGUGAUGUGUGCUAGCUUGUUAGUUGGUAAUUCUAUUUUCCUAGUAGAAAACUAUGCUUUUGAGGCCUGAUUUGAAUUUCCGAUUGGAACACUUUCAAGUUCAGUGAAAAGGAACCUUCCCAAAUUAACUGGAGGUAGAUUGAACUUUGCUGAAGUGGCAAUGAUGUACAAGUGUGUGUCUUGUAUUGUAAGAAACUGAUACAAAACGUGGAUUGAGCUUUGCUGAGAUGGGAAUUAGGACGAUUGGAACGGAUGGAA